UUCCCUCAGCGUCCUGGACAGCCAGUGUGUGAUUUUUACCAGAAGACCGGCCAUUGCCGGUUCGGGGAGCUGUGCAAGUACCACCAUCCAGCGGAGUUUGCAGUCCGCCUCAACCCCCGGGGCCUGCCCGUGCGCCCUGGCCAGCCAGUGUGCACAUUCUAUCAAAAGACGGGUGAAUGCAAGUUUGGGCCCGCCUGCAAGUACCACCAUCCAUAA